AUGGGACUUCAAAGAACUCGGGAAGACCGACUCGCGGUCGUCCUUGCGUUCCUGCUCUUAUCGCGACACGUCGCCUCCCUGGACUUGAUCCGAUUUCUCAGACGGCCUCGAGGGCAGGGAUACGUGAAUGUGACUUCAGAAUCUCAGGAGAUAUCCCUCGGGGUUUGCGCCAUUAAUUGCGUGAAGCAGGAACCGUUUCCCUGCUACGCCUUCAGCUAUCAGGAAACCGAUCUCUCGUGCCAGUUGAUUGCUAACAGAAGUAGCAAGCUCGUGCAGAAGGAUGGAUACUGGUCCUACGCGCAGCGGUUGUGUGCGGAUAAGUAUCCUCGGAUCGAAAACGCGAAGGUGUCCUUCGAGGGCUGGAACGGAGACCACCCAGCGCCAGAGGGGGGGAUCGUCAAGUUCCUCUGCGAACAUCCUAAAGGGUUCUCGGAUGGAGCUGUUCUUCACACUGCUGAGUGCGUCCACCGGACCCCAAAUUCUUGGAACAUCUCUUUCCCGAAAAGUGUAGGAUGUGAGAAAGUGCAUAUAUAUCCAGAAUGUCGUCUGACUGAAAAGGGCAUGGAAUACGUUGGAAAAGUGAGUGUGACGGAAUGGGGACGGAAAUGUCUCAACUGGAGGGACUAUCCCGGUGGAACAGCGGAAGAAUACCCGUUCGGCCCACAUCUUGACUUCUCGACUUCUGACCCCUCUGGAACGCAGAUCAUCAACCUAGGACAGGAGGCCUGGUUCGUCAAUCGGGACUCCUGGUCUCACCACAACUACUGCCGGAAUCGAUGGUCGCUGGAAAGACCAUGGUGUUUCGUUUCCGGCACUAGCAUCGAAACGGAAUACUGCGACAUCCCAAUGUGCACUUAUGCAGAUGACGUCGAUGAGCAUCACAACUUCUGCCGAAAUCCGAGUACGAAUAAGACCGGCACCCCAUUCUUCAUGAACGUGAACAUUGCUCCCUGGUGCCUCUACAUAGGGGAAGGGGGCUUUAUAUCAUGGGAAUUUUGCGACAUCCCAUUCUGCAAAGGACAAGAUAAAGAAAAAAGAGUCGGAACGGGCGUUUAUCCAGAAUGUCGACUAUCUGAAAAAGGGAGAGAAUAUGUCGGGAGCCAAAACGAGACCAAAACAGGAAUGGCUUGCCUACCGUGGGAUUCAAAUCCAUACGGCGUUCCUUGGGAUUUCUUCCCAAGACAGAAAUAUCCUUCCGUCACGAUGUUCUUGAAUUCCAUGACUUCCAAGCCAGAGCUUGAAGUCGGUCACAAUCACUGCCGAAACCCCGGUCUGUACCGGGAGCAACCAUGGUGCUUCGUCGCCGAAAUGCGCAGCAAGUGGGAGUACUGCGACAUCCCUCUCUGCCAAGACCUCAACCCGCCAGAAUGCAAGCUGACCGGGCGCGGAAUGGAGUACGUGGGGAAGCUGAACGUUGGGAUAGAUGGACUUCCAUGUCUGCCUUGGCUCCUGUUCCUGAGAGAUGAUCAAAAGAUCUAUCUUUACGAUGAAGUGGAUGGAGGGCACGCGUUCUGUCGCAACUAUUUCUCCUUCCCAUUUGGUCCGGCAUGUUUUGCCACGCUUGAAGGGGAUCUGAGUCCGUGCGACGUUCCAUUCUGUCCCACCGUCGACGGCGGAAAUUGCGACAUUCGGGUUGGAGGAGAUUGUGUCCCCCUAAUAGAAUGCAAGACAGACGAGUUGGGGCUGUCAUACAUGGGCACGAAAAAUGUGACCAGAAACGGACACAACUGCUUACCAUGGCUGUCUGGACUGUCGCAAUUGGUUGAGCACGUACAAGCCAACUAUUCGGAAGACAUUCGCGGUGGCAUUAAGCUUUCCGAUUUUUUCAACGAGAUCCUCACGUUGGACGACUUGUACCCAACUCACAACUUCUGUCGGAACUGGAACAACGACGAGGGAGGUCCGUGGUGUUACAGGAACGAUGAGAUGGGACUGGAUUAUUGCGACAUCCCGAUCUGUUCCUCAAACGACCCAUGA